AUGCGCAAAAAUAAUUCUCCAUAGUAACGCCCUAACAACUGGUGGCAGAAAACGAUGACGAGUUUCUCGCUAGACCCGAGCGUUUUACCAUCCGUUCCCGAGCGAAAAGGGACACUUAACCUCCGCUCCAACCACAUGAAGUUCGGUAGAGCCACUCUCAACUCACACUGGCAUGCAGCUCGAGAGGCUGAACCAAAGGACUAUGAUGUGACUGAUUCAAAUGAGAAGAGAGAUCUACUGAAGGCCACUUACUGCAGGAUUGGCAGUUGUGAUGAGGGGUUCCCUGAGACCACCACAAGUAGAGGCAAUGAGUGAAGCUCACCGUCUGAGGAAAGACUUCCAGACACGACCUACCCACAGAUCUCCAGUCAUGUUGACAAUUUUACUCAGUCCAUGAGUCCUCGGGACAAGGUACUCCUAGAGAGGGGUAUGGAAGUAUUCUACCAAGACACACAUCAGAGUACGGGAAGAGACAACUGAAGACUACGUAUCACACUGACUACCACUAUCAGGGAGAAUGGUCUAGUUCCAGUGAUAGAGAUGGGGAGCCACACCUCCUCGCAGGCCAUUGUCUCUAUCAUCACACUCUGUCACGAGUUCACAGACACAGCAGAGACCACAGGAGACAUAGAUCAACCACCUGGCAAGAUUGCCCCAGGCUCCUCUCACCCAUCACACCCGUAACAUGUACAAGCAAGCACUAAAAACACAGCUCACAUUAGACCUUGCUGUAGUACACUGGUUAUGACAGAAAUUAAUGUAUUCAUUUGAUCUACAAUAUACAACAGUGAAACGUCUAUUGUGCUACACUA